UCAAAUUUGAUGACUUUGAUGAUGAUGGUGAUGACCCAACUUUAGUCUCAUCACCUUUUUUUUUUGUUUUUUUACUCUCUGCUUCUGAUUCAUGCCGUUCUUUCCUUUUGAGCCUUUGUGAUCCAUCUGCACUUGAUGAUCUGUUUCUGACACUAUAACUGGGUAACUUCUGGGAUCUGAAAGUAUCUAAAUCCAAGGUGGACUCCUGUUCUUCUAAAUGGGUUCUUCUUAUUCAGAAAAGUUGUUCAACAGAGAGAGAACAGUACAUGAGAUUCUGGGAGGUGGCAUUGUUGCUGAUGUGAUGUUGUGGAGGAAGAAGAAUGUGAGUGUUGGUAUAGUCACAGUAACAAUAGGAUCAUGGAUGGUGUUUGAGACAUUUGCUUAUACAAUCCUCACUCUUCUUUCAAGUGUUCUUCUCCUCUUGCUCUCUGUUCUCUUCCUCUGGUCCAAAUCUGCAUCCAUCCUCAACAGGCCGUCACCGCCAUUACCAGAGUUUCAAGUAAGUGAAGCAAUGGCUGAAGAAGCUUCCAAGUUGCUGCGCAUCCAUCUGAAUAAACUGUUUCAAGUCUCGUAUGACAUUGCAAUGGGAAGAGACUCAGAGCUGUUUAUCAAAGUAGCAGUUUAUCUGUUUCUCAUAGCAGUCAUUGGAAGCCUCAUGGAUUUUCAAACACUUUGCCACUCUGGGAUUUUGGUGGUGAUGGCCGUUCCAGCUUUCUAUGAGAGAUACGAGGAUAACAUAGAUGGAUCUAUGGUGCUCAUCUACAACAAAGCUAAAGAGCUUUACCUGAGAUUCAAGAUAUGGGCUUAUCCAGAAUAUAAGAAACUGAGCUGAGAUUGUCUCUUUGUCUCCAGUUCUCUCUUCUUCAGGAGUUUUUGUUUUUGUUUUUUGGUUUCUCAGUUUUGCGCAAGGGAAGAAAUUGUAUCCUUUUGAUAAAUGUUUUAACAGUACAGUCUAUAUCCCAAAAGAAAUUUUAUUUUGAGCAACCAACAUAAAUUUAUUUUAUAGUUUUGCUUGAAA